GGGAGGGGCCAGCAGGUUUAAAUGUCUGUCUCAGUUUGGAGUGUAGUUUCGUUGUUACUGUAUGGUGGAGUGCCUUGGCACUCGACUAUAUGCUUUAUCAAUGCAACAUGGUUUUAAAGGUCUUUUCCUGUCUUGUGUGUGUUCUAUAUGUGAUCCUGCUUCCGACAGCAUGUGCUGAUGAAUGCAGUGGCUUCUGGGACAUUGGAGGAAUCUACCAUGAGACUCGACAAUGUGGCCUCUUGUACUGCUGUGGAAGCUGUGAUGAAAGAUUCUGCUGCAUCAAUACGAACUCCCGUCUUGAUCAAGAACUCUGUAUUCAGACUCCUCAAAGGCAUUAUGGCUACGGUGGGGGAAGUCACUCCUCCAUAAUUUUUGCUGCCAUCUUCGGGAGCCUCAUCCCCCUUGUCAUCUUUGUGACUCUUAUCAUCUGCUUCUUCGCUCCUUGCUGCCUGCUGUACAAACACUGUCAAAAACAAAGGCAUCAGCCUGCGAUCCACACCACCACCACCGUCUACCAGUUAUCGCCUCAGCCAGGCCCCACGGCCAACCCGGGCUACCAACCUGUGCCCAUCCAGCCUGGAAAUCUGCCCAUGACACCACCGCCAUAUACGGAAUAUUCACAGCCGAUAUACCCACCCCAUCGCAGUGGGCCGCCGUAUUCACAGCCACCACCAACCGAGGUGCUUGUACAACCACCUUACAACCCGUCUUACGCCCCAAACCCCAGAACGGGUUAGAUUACGAAGCACUGAAAGUUUUCAGUCUGACGGGGUCGUUAUUCUCAGAGGAGGGUGGAUUACUGUGCGGAAUAGUUUGUCGUCUCAUUGUCAGGAUGAGACACAUUAUUUUUUUCUUGGGAAAUGUGCUUUUAUGAGUUUUAUUAAAUUUUUGCUGCAAAAGGUCAUGUGGGCAAACAGUGCUUAUAUAUGGGCUGUUAAUUCUGCAGUCUGCAUUUUUGUGACCCCCUUUUUUCAUGUAGAAAUAGCUUUAGUGAAGUACUUUGCACGACUCAAAAGGAAAUUGCUGUGCUGAGUUUCAGAAGACAACGGCAACCACACACGACAGUUUCAACAGAGGAACAGGAACUAAAGUAUGCAAAAUGACGUAAAGCGCCACCAAGUUGCAGAACCACAAACUCAAUGAAACCACUUAAAAAGGAAUGUGAAAGUGCAGAAAAGCAACAGCACAGAAGAAAUUACUGUUGGUGAUGGCAAUAAAAUCGAUGUUAUUUAUGUUUCUGUAUCAUUUACAGGUUGAUGUAACAUUUGAAGAUGAAGCAAUUAUAGAUUACUCACUUAUU